UAUAACCAAUAAUGGAAGAGAACACUCCCUGUAUCCACCACCCAGUUUGAUAAAAUGUUACCAUUAUUUAUUUUAAUAAAAUAUUUUUUAAAAUAAUUUCUGUGUUCCCCGACCACCCUAAAGUCCAGGCUUUCUUGCUAAAAGCAGGUGAAUGUUUGAAAUGAUUUCCUGAAUAUUUUAGGUUCCUAAACAAUAGUCUGGGGAUUAUUUUUAUCUAAAUCACCUGAGUAAUGUAGUAAUUGGGACAACUUGAAGUUGAAACGUGCCCUUUAAAAGAUGGACAGCCCAAAAGAGUGACUGAAAAAUAAUCUUAGUGUUGAGUUAGGAAAAUCUGAGAGCCUCAGCCCAGAAUGCAAAAGGGGGAAUUCUUGUUAACUGUGGCCAAACAGGCAUGCCCUUUCACCUCCUUUUUUAAAAAAAUGGGGCGAGAGGAGGGAGAGUGGGAGGAGAGCACCUUACAAUAAAAGGAACUUGGCGGCAGCAGUCUCCUGGUAUGGCUUAACCAGGCUCCACCCACAGAUUCGAUUUUCCUUUCAAAGGUCAUUGGAGCAUCCCAACAGGGUGUGAGUGCACCAUGUGUAUAAACCUCCAGCAGCCAACUGGCAACUGGUCUCUGAGCCUACAGAAGGGAAAGCAGGAAUCGCCUUGGAAUAAGGGAUUGCAAUUAAAUUUCCUUCUAAGGAAAUAUCGGGACCUUCUCAUUUUGCUUCAUGAAAAUUAUGCUAUGAGUUAGCUUUUGCCAAAUGUCUAUUAAAUGGGUGAAAUGAGCCUCUUCACCCAUGAUUUGACUUCAGCUGCAUCUUUCCUGUACAGCCAGUUUUCCCCUGAGGCUGACUGACCUUGUAGUGUGGCCAGAAACCUACCGCCUGCAAUUAGAGUCAGACCUCUAACCACUGUUUUUUUUUCUCUUCUGAAUGAUGACGUUUACCAUCUUUAUCCUCCGGCUGGCUGUCUGCAUCCUGGCAUCUCCCAUGUACCUGCUGAACUUUCUGGGUUUGUGGAGCUGGAUAUGCCAACAAUGGUUCCCCUACUUCUUGAUGAGGUUCUCUGUGAUAUACAAUGAACAGAUGGCGAGCAAGAAGCGGGAGCUCUUCAGUAACCUGAAGGACUUUGUGGGCCCCUAUGGGGAGCUCUCCCUGCUGGAGGUAGGCUGUGGCACCAGGACCAACUUCAAGGUCUAUCCUCCUGGAAGCAGGGUGACCUGUAUUGACCCAAAUCCCAACUUUGAGAAGUUCUUGAUCAAGAGCGUUGCUGAGAACCAACACCUGCAGUUUGAGCGCUUCGUUGUGGCUGAUGGCUCCGUGGAUGUGGCGGUCUGCACCCUGGUCCUGUGCUCCGUGAAGAACCAGGAGCAGAUCCUCCAGGAGGUGUACAGAGUGCUGAGGCCGGUGAGUGAGGGGGUGUCAGGAGGACUGUUUAGGAGCAACCACAAUCCCCAAGGGCAGUCCUGUCAAUUUCAAGUGAAUCAAACACUUUAACAUAAAAAGUGAAAC